AUGUCGCGCGACCCGGGCUUGCCAGCUCUGCCCCAGGAGAUCUGCGACAACAUCAUCGAUUCCGCGUGGAAAGUCGACCCCUCCGACACGCUCAGGACGUGCAGUCUUGUAUCACGAACAUGGCUGCAUACGUCUCGCAAGCACAGGUUCUCGUGCAUCAGCCUCAGACCAUACAUAGACCUUGCGGCUUUCGAGGCCAUCAUCACUUCGCCGUUAUUGGAUUCCACCGACAUUCCUCACCUUGUUCGUGAUCUUUGUCUUGAUUGGACACCAUACGAAGGGUCUUGGACACCAUACGAAGGGCCUUCAAGUAUAGCAAGUAGCUUCGAGCCCACGACACUGAAUGCCCGGCUGCCCGACAUGUUCAAACAGUUCACGUCCGUGGAGACCUUGCGCCUGGAUCAUCUUGUUUGGUCGCAUGUUGAUGCUGCUGCUGUGAUAGAGCUCGCCAGUCAGGCGGCUCAUCUACACCUGUCCAAUCUAUCGUUCACGUACGGUGAUGACAUGGUGCAUCUGCUCUCUUCUUCACCCAGACGAUCAUCCCUUCACAUGCAGGAGUACCUGUCCCAAGGCCAAAUGUUCCGCACGAGUCCGAAGAUGAUUCCUGUCCAUCGGGAAGUCCACAUCGGCCGCUUGGUCACCGACCUUGACUUGUUCACUACAGUUCAUCUAGUUAUGCGCGAAGCAUACGUCACUCGCUGUGCCUUUGGAAUGACCAUCGAUAGGGUUGACAUAAGCGGCGACGGCCAAGUCCUGGCCGGCAUAACCAGCGGAGGCUAUUGGCACGACCUCAUCCAACGCAAACAGACGUGGCUCAAGAUGUGGCUCGACUUCCUAAAACUCGGAGCGCGGAGUCGAGGCCUAGACGAAGGAGACUUGCCCACCCUGGACAUCAAAUCCUUGCGCAUCCCCGCAUCUACAGUUCUGCGGAGAAUUACCUUCGGCUCGAUGUAUUUGAACACCCUGCUGGACUUGAGAAUCUUCCUCGCGCGUCGCAUGCACUUCAUCCUCGACGGUCUCGACCCCAAGGAUGCUAUCCCGAAACGCUGCGCUGACCUGGACCAUGCCCUCGUGCGCCUAGUAACCAACGGUCCCCGAAUCGAUAUCAUCUUUGAUGCGCAUUGCCCUGCGGAGCGCCUUGCGGACUGGAUCGGGGCCAUCUCUGCGUGCUUUCCUGCGCUUGUCGCGCGUGGAACGCGCGUCGGGAUUGUCUGUACUUCAGGAGAAGACAUGGAUGGCGAGCGGCCUCCUGUCGCCCAGCAUUGGUGGUCUUAA